AAUCUUGUGCGGCCCUAAUACUCCGUCGUACUAAACAGCUUGGUAAGUAAAAGUUAGCAGACAAUAAUCUGCUAAAUAGGUUUUUAAAAAGUUAUUGGAAUCUGAUGCUAAAUAAGUAAAAAUUAACAGAAGCUAUCGCUAAAUGUAAAAAAAAUGAAAUUGCGAAAGCUAAAUUGCUAAAUGUAAAAAAAGAAGACAUUCUACAAAUGGUGAAGAGCAAUGAUGACAUUUUGUGUGUAACAACUUGUAUAAAUCUUAGAUGUAUACUUAAAAGUCUUUAAGUUGUUUGUUCUUGCAUAAUUUCUGACAUCACUCAUGUUUUUUUUUCCAUGUUCUGUUUUCCUCCUAAUUCAUCUAAUGUUGUCACAGCAGGAAAAAAUAAGCGAUGGGAGUUGCCUCGAACGCACGACUCCAAACCGUGGUUGUUAAAUGAGUUUGUACCGAAGGAGGGGUUUGCCUUGUUGAAAAAGUCUCCACAUCCACCCACUUUUCGUCAGGAAGGGAAGCCGAUGUAUUUCCUCCCCUUCUUUAUCUAAAGGAAGUGCGAAAAUAAGCACCAGCGACGGAGCACCCGGGCUCGGACACCUUUUGGGCAACCGGUCACUCAGCUGGAGUCUGUGGGACCAGUCAGAGAUCAUCAUGAAGUCCAUGAGGGUUCUUGUCCUCCUGUGUCUAGCAUCAGUCCAUGUCUUCACACCAGGUUCAUCAGAAGAAACAACAGCUCCAACGACUAAAGCCCCUACACCCACAACAGCACAAACAACCCUAAAUAACUCAGCAACACCUACAGCUCCAGCAAUUACUUCUGUGGUCCGCAUUUCGCUUCCUACUACUGUCAGCCCAACCUCCAAACCAACCAGCAAGUCUCCUGAAGUGAAKACGACUGCAACUGCUCCUACGACCUCGACCUCACCGACUACGACACAAAGACCACCUGUGACCACAGUGGCUAACCAGACCACCGAUAGAAAUUGGACGGGCAGCACUGCUGAAUCACCAGUGUUUGAGAAUGCAACGCUUGUAAAAGAGCAAAAGGACCAGACAGGCCAGCUUCCAUCAGGAGUGCCCARUGAAGAAAAAGGCAAAGAACCGUCUCAGCAGAAAGGUGCUGGUUCAGACAAAAGGCUGUGGUGGAUUCUGCUACCCACCCUCCUGGCUGUGGGUGCGAUCGCCAUCGUCUUCAAAUUCAAAAGCAAGAAAGUCCACGAUCACACAGAAACCAUCGACACUGGAACUGAGAACGCCUCUUUCCAGAGCCGGCCCGAGAGCACCAAAGAUGGAGUCAUGCUCCUGGGGGUGAAGUCAUCAGGCGGAGAAGAGAACGCUGCUGCAAGUUAAAAAGGAAAAAAAAGAAGCAUGUGGAAGAGYUACAGAGUUGCAACGGAUCUGCAGGAAGAGCCGAUGAUUGAUUUUGUUUUUAGGAAUUGAUUUUGAGGAAAUAUUUUGGAACAUUUCAGAGUGUAAAAUAAAAAAACAAACACGUUCUUCAAGGUGUCAGGGCUUAAACUGAAGCGUAUGAAAAAUACUAAUCACGAUUUAUGAUCUAUACAGCCUGUUUUAAUGAAGACACUCUUAAAAAGAUGGUACAGAACUUUCAAUGUGGGGUACUGUGAAACAAGGAUGAAUAAUUAAUAUCUUACCUGUUGUAGAUAGCUCUUUGAAUGACUUUAAAAAAGAAAAAUGAUCCUAAAAGGACCAGACUGAUGAGCUAACGGCUAGUCUGAGAGGAGCCAUGACCAAAGUGGACUGCUACUGAUUUAAAACAACUCCUCAGUGGUGGGCAAAGCUAACCAAAAUGUUAGCUCUGCUAGCUCAUAAUCUGCUAACUAUAAAUAUAGCUUCACUAACAUUAAAUUGCUUAACUUGUAAAAAAUAUAAAAUAUUAAAAUUAAUGGAACUUUACACUAAAUAAACAUCUAACCAAGUAAAAAAUUAGCAGAACAUACCAACUAACCGGUCAUCCAGUCUGCUGACGUUAGCUUGUUAGUUAGCUUUUAACUAAUUUAAAGUUGGCCAAACCUAAUUUAGUGGAAGCUAACUGGUUGGCUUAUUGUCAGUUUUUCAUUACACCACUAAUUAUAUUGUAUUCUUCUGUUAUUUGUUAUUGAUAAAUCAAUCGGACACUUCUGGCAGGAUUAUUGUAACAAUUAUGUUGAUUUUAAAACAGUUAAACAACUCAUUUCUGUGUUUUAAGACGAUCCACUUUGGUCUCGGCCCAACUCAGAAUUAUCAGCUCAGUAAAAUCUGUUUCUUCAAAAUGAGGUUUGUCCAAAGAGCUAUCUACCACAGGUAAGAUAUUAACUGUUAAUUACCUUUUCACAGAACCCCGCUUCAAAAGAUCUGAACUGCCCCUUUAAGUAAAGCUGCACUGCUGUUUUCUGUCUGUACAUUUUGGUUCACAAACACGUUUCCUGUAAAGUUCACCCACCUGAGAUUCAUCACAUGUUUGAUGUAAUAAAUCACUUUUUUUGUUUUUAUAGUUCUUUGGUUUUGUUGGUGUCGUAUUUUAUCUGAUCUGAAAUCCUGUUUUGAUUCUGUGUUUUAGGUUUCACUUAAAUGUUGUUUAUAGAACUGGAUCUUUGUAGGUUUAUUUCCAGUAACCCUGGCUUGCAAGAUAAAGCUCUACAUUUAUACAAAAUCUCGUUUUUUUGGACCUUGGAAGUAGGAGUAGAUUAUUAUUAUUAUUAUUAUUUUUCCUGAAGUUUUCUGUUAAGAAAAAAGAAACUCAGAUGUAAUAAACUGAAUUUUCUAUAAAGCCACUGGAACUGAA